CAGAAAUUGCUGGAAAAGCUCAGCAGGUCCAGCAGCAUCUGUGAAGAGAAAAGCGAACAGGAUGAGAAUCAGAUUCAAAUGGCCAGAGAAGAUGUUGAGCUGCCAGAAGAGCUGAGAAAGAUGGUAAAUGAAGAUCAAGAGGAAGAAGAUGGCAAAGAUUCUUUCAUUGGGCAAAUUCAUAGCCUCCAGAAUAUGGAUGCAGACCAAAUAAAAGAAAAGGCCCAGGCAACAUUUAGUGAAAUAAAGCAGGCUGCUGAACAGAAGUGCUUCAUAAUGUGA